GUACGUCACAUAAUCUUCUCUUUCUACCCUCAGGAUCAUCGUCAACAUUAUCCAAGCUUAGGCCCGUUUGAUGGGCGCCACGGAAACAAACUCCCAGCAUCCAGGUAAGGGGUUUUCCUGGGCCAGUUAGAUCGACAGCUACAAAGCGUUCAUAGAAGGUGCAGUGAAGUCAUACCAAAUUGUGUUCAUUAAAUGUUUGUGCGUGCGUGCAAGUGACCCACCCUGACAUAAUGUUGACUAUUUCACGCUGAAGAUAACAUUCAGUUGGAACAAUAAGUCUUUUUUUGUUAUUGUAGUCCACAGCUCGCCUAAAAGUGAACAUGAUUCGGAUUACCUUUCUCUCACUUCCUCAACCCGUCUUUGCUAGAGUUUAUAGAUAAAGAAGUUGGUGUGAAAAGAUACGAUUGUGUGUGUUGUGACGACAUGGAGUAGGGGCAGCCUCUGUGUCUGCGUGUGAGCGUACGUGUUUAAGGGGAGUAUCCUCUGUUCUAAGAGCCAAGCCAUCCCCCUUGCAGACAUGCCAAUGAAUCACUGAACCUCACACACAUGCUACAGCUCAGACCGAAAGAAGGAGAAGUGAACCCAGCCAAGCUUUAAGAUGACCAUUGGCAAGAACUCCAGGAAAAAUUCAGUGCGAGGCUCAAUUCGAGCUCCCAAGUUCCUGGACAAAUCCGGUGGCUUCUAUGGUCGCCUGGAUGAGCCUGAAAGGGCGCCCCUGGAGGUGGAGUUUGUGGGUGAGAAUGUGAGCGAGUGGGAUGUGACGGAGGGUGGCGCAGAUGUUGUGCAUGUGAGCGAGACAGAUGAGGUGGAGGACAUGCGGGUGUUUCUACUGAUGGAAGACGAUGGCCAGACGCUACUGUGCACUGCACCCAGUCGGCGGAGCAGUGGCAGGUGGCAGAGGAGCUCCAGGAGGAGGCAUAAACAGGGAAGCUCUCAGGAGAAGUCACCCAAAGACAAGAGUCCCACCCACAUCCUGGAGGUGGCCAUGAAAGAGGAGACCCUGCCUGUGCACCUCGCGUGCCGGGAGGAUGCUGACGACCAGGUGCUGAUCCGAGACCAAAUGAGGAUGAAGAGGGAGCAAGAGGAAGGGAUGAAAGUGGUGAAGAAGAACGCGAUGAAAAUGUAUCGCAAGGCUUUGGACCGAGCUUUUCGCCGAGGCUGGGAGGCAUUCGUGGCCAACAUCUACAGCGUCACCGUCACGCCUGUCAACUCGUCUUCUUCGCCAUCAUCUAAGAAGAAACAUCAGCACAACUUGGUGUUGGCGGAGUUUCAGUAGUCGCUCUUCACAGUUUGGACCUUAAAUUCAAGAUGCAGUUUUCCCUGUCACUGUUAUUGAAGUGUGAGGCUUUUGAAAUGUUAAUUAUUUAUUUUAUUGAAUGUCUUUAUUCAUGCUCUAGCUACGUCAACUCCACUAUAAAGAGCUUUAUUGGGUUUAACGCUAUGAAAACACUAAACAUUGUUGAUAUUUUCCCAUUAUAAAGCAAUGACUGAUUAGUGGACUAUGGCUAUUUUCCACAUGGCCUUAAUUAGUGACAAUUGCAGCUACUAUAUGCUAAUUGUUAAUUGGGUGCAUGCAGGGGAGGCACCCAAAGAAUGUAUUUGUGUAUAAAAACGCAGAAAUUGUUUUGUAAAACACAUUUCUCUGGAUACUUGGGUCAAGUGUCUUGACCCAGAGUGGCAAACAUGGAAAUAAACAAGAAGGCUAUGUGUUUUUACUGGUCAAAGUUC